ACACUUUAACAAAUUCGCCCCUGCUGGUUGCAUUGCAACCUUUCAGGCCACACGGGUUCGAGACAUCACGGACUACCUCCUGGAAGUUGGUGUUCGCAACAUGGAGGAGUACUUGAAUUACGUGGCCGGCGCAAGUUUCUUCCUCAUUGGCAAAAAAUCUGCCACGCGCCAAGACCCAAGCGAGGCUGUCGUCCAGCUGGGUGUCUCCAAGAGUUACAAAGGCAGGCUGGCGAUCGCCUGGUACAGUGGCGAGGUGUACCACAGCGCCGUCAUCGCCUUGAACUUGGUUCACACGUCGCUGCUGCGCUGGACUGUGGGCGACGACACGGCGACCAUCAAACUCCGGGUGCGGCCCCAGAAGAACCUGGAGGAGUCGGUCGAGUACGACAAGGACUCGCCCGAGGUCAUCCAGCGGCAGUUGGAGCGUUUCGCGUUCGGAGCCAUGUCCCUGGCCAUGAUGACCGCUGCGUGCGGCCUCUUCCCCGUCGUAGACCGCAGGAGUGGCAGCCGCCAGCUGCAGCUGCUCACGGGCGUCUCCAUCCGCGUCUACUGGCUGGCCAACUUUAUCUUCGACUACUUCGUCUACGCAUUGUCCAGCCUCACCUUCUGCUCUACUAUGUUCCUCUUCUUCGGCGGUUUCUUCAUCGAGAUGAUGCGUCAGUAACUGUGAUUAUACCAUUUCCUCGU